AUGUCGAAAGCGUCGCGGCCGUUCCGCAUCCUCGCACUGCCACUCGUGCGCAUACCUCAUGGUCCGCUGCGCACGACUGGGCGCGCCGCCGCAGCCAAUGCGCUCUCCAAACCAGCACCAGUGUAUGCCAAACCAGAGCCCGAUCAGGCUGGUAUCGGCAAGAAGCUGUCCCCCGGAGCCGUCGAGCCCAUGGUUGGCGAGGCGCCGCUCAUGCUCUACCACGUACAGCAGCCAGAAGUUCCCGAGACAGAAGGCAAGCCGCCAAUUUACCAGCGCGUAUUGGACAGGGCGGCAGACGAGUGGAACAAGCUCGGACACAAGCCGCACAAGUCGUGGAUGUAUUGGUUCCACGAGCGAGGCGAGAAGCUCAUGGACCGCAUCAAUUACGAGGAAUGGGCGCUCAAGGCUGUUCAUGAGGGCCGGGGGGUCAAGGUUGCCAAUCCCAAGAAGGGCGAUGCACAGCAGAUGAUCGAGAUCCCCCUCCUGCGGCCGACACUCCCUGGACUUGGCGUACCUCCCUUGCUGCCAAAGUUGCAUCGAAACCUGCUGCACGCGAUCCCGUACCACCGCAAGAGCAUGAUCCGUUGUGUGCUUCUCUCGCCCCUCACAUGGCCGUUUGCCAUCAUCCCCAUCAUCCCCAACUUUCCCAUGUUCUACGUCCUGUGGCGCGCGUGGAGUCAUUACAAGGCAUGGCGGGGCGCGACGUACCUCGAAUCCCUUCUCAAGCUGGGCAUGAUCACCGAGAAGCCUAGCGACAUAUUGAACGACAUUUACUCCGCCAAGCAGCCCCUUAUCGAGGGCGAGGUGGCAAGCGGGAAGGGCGAGGCUCAAGUGGCCGAGACUACAGAGAACAAGGAGGAAACCGAAACCGAACCCGCACCGUAUCCCGACAUGAUGAUUCGCACCGAGCAGUUGCCGGCACUCGAGAAGGCGUUCGCCAUGCGCGAGCAGGAGUGUAUCGACAUUGAGCGGGCUAUCGGCCAGGCGUCGCAUCGCGCGCUCGAGGCUCAAAAGGUCCUUGGACUGCAGGAGGAGGGGAAGAAGGAGCGGGCGUAG